CAGGAACCUUCUGUCUGUGGAUGAAGGAACUUGAAUGGAACAAAAACCACCCCAUCCCAGGAAGUGACUGAAUGGGAGCUUGAAUCCACGUGGUCUCGCCUCAAAGAACUCGUCGCCAUGUUGCUACACUGACGCCCAGUUCUGGAUGCCAGGAUUGUAAAAUGAACCCACAGCCCUGUGCUGCAUCUGGAUUCUCCAGAACUCUGAAGACUUGUGUUGCCUGAGGAAGCCCUGAAGUUGAGGAAGAGGAAAGACAAGGAGUCAGGCAUGGCUCUUUCUCAGAAACGACUGACCUCUGAGGAUGUGGCCAUCGAAUUCACUCAGGAGGAGUGGGAAUUCCUGGACCCUGCUCAGAGGGCCUUGUACAGGAACGUGAUGCUGGAGACCUACAGGAACCUUCUGUCUGUGGAUAUCUCUCCUACACAUGUGAUCAAGCAUUUACAACCCAAAGCGAACAGUGAUAAACGAGAAACAUUCCAAAUAUUGAUGCUGGGAAGACCUGAAAGCUGUGAAAUCAAACAUUUUCAUCUUUGGGAAAGUCAGGAAAAUACGUGUGACUUUGAGUGUCAGGGGAGAGAUGACAAACGAAAUUACAAAGGAACACCUGUAAGCCUUAAUGGAAAUGUGCCUGAUGGAAUAGAGUCACAUGAUGGAAAGGAUGCAGGAAUCAAGCCGUUUGGAAGUAGGCUUGGAUUUAACUUUCAGGAUAAACUGCAGAUAUUUCAAACUGGCGGGAUAAUUUCUGAAUAUAAUGAAGUUGAGAGGUCUGUCAGCAACAGUUUCUCAUUUUCACCACUUCAAAGAAUUUCUCCUUGUGCCCAAACCAGUGUUUCUAAUAUAUAUGGGAAUGAUUUUAUGAAUCCUUCAGUAGUAACGCAAAACCUCAAAGCACACAGGGAAAAACCUUACAAAUGUGAUGAGUGUGGCAAGGCCUUUCGUGUAAAGGCAAUCCUUUUCAGGCAUCAUACAGUUCAUACUGGAGAGAAACCUUACAAAUGUGAUGAGUGUGGCAAGGCCUUUCGUGAAAAGUCAACCCUUUUAACUCAUCAGACAAUUCAUACCGGAGAGAAACCUUACAAAUGUGAUGAGUGUGGCAAGGCCUUUCGUCUAAAGUCAUUGCUUUUAGGUCAUCAGACAAUUCAUACUGGAGAGAAACCUUACAAAUGUGAUGAGUGUGGCAAGGCCUUUCGUGUAAAGUCUUUCCUUAUAAUUCAUCAGACCGUUCAUACUGGAGAGAAACCUUACAAAUGUGAUGAGUGUAGCAAGGCCUUUGCUGACAGGUCACACCUCAGCAGACAUCAGAAAAUUCAUACAGGACAGAAAUUAUUUAAAUGUGAUAUAUGUGACAAAGUCUUCAGCCAAAGUAAACAGCUUGCUGGUCAUCAGAGCUUUCAUUCUGGAGAGAAACCUUACAAAUGUAAUGAGUAUGGCAAGCACUUUAGUCAACCUUCACAGUUCAUAAGUCAUGAGAGAUUACAUACUGGAGAGAAACCUUACAAAUGUGAUGAGUGUGGCAUGGCCUUUCGUGUAAAGUCAAUCCUUUUAAGGCAUCAGACAGUUCAUACUGGAGAGAAACCUUACAAAUGUGAUGAGUGUGGCAAGGCCUUUCGUGCAAAGUCAACCCUUUUCACUCAUCAGACAGUUCAUACUGGUGAGAAACCUUACAAAUGUGAUGAGUGUGGAAAAGUCUUCGGUCAAAAACCACAUCUUCGACUUCACUUGAGAAUUCAUACUGGAGAGAGACCCUUCAGAUGUGAUGAGUGUGGCAAGUUCUUCAGUCGAAAUUCACACCUUACAAGUCAUCGCAGAAUACAUAUAGAGAAACCUUUCAAAUGUUUUGAGUGUGGAAAAUCCUUUACUCAGGUCUCAGCACUCACUAAACAUCAGAAAAUCCAUACAUGAGAGAAACAUAUGUGAAUGUGGUAUAUGGUAGAAGUCUUCAAAAUUCAAAGUUCAAACUUCACACCCUACUGUUGGUCAGAGAAUUCAUACUACUGAGAAACCAUACAAAUAUCAUGAGUGUGGCAACAUCUUAGGCUUCAUGAGAAAAUUCAUACUGGAUAGAAGCCAGAUAUAUAUGUAUUUAUUAGGUCUUUAGAACAUGAAUUCAUUCUAGAAAGAUUCCUCACCAAUUUCACAAGUGUAAAAAAUAAAAACCAAAAACAAACCCUAUCCUCACAGCUCAACGUCUCUCCAGUAGUAUCAGAGUAUUUAUCCUGGAGAAAACACACAGCAAUGUAAUGUGUGUGGUAAGGAUCUUACCCAAAAGUCACAAGAUAGGAACAUAGUGGAGCCAUACUUCCCAGACUCAGUGGUUGUGGCAAAUCCUUUACCUUUUUCACUAUAUGUAUUCUCUGAUGACUUUAGUUCAGGUACUCAGCAACUACAGUAAGUCCAUAUUUGAAAAGAAGCUAUAGAGAUCUUUUUGUGUAAAAUAAACCUGAAUUCUAACUCAUCAGAGAUGAUUCUUUGGGACAGUAGUCCACCAUCUUUUUGGUCUCCUGGCUUUCUGAGUAAAGUCAUUAUUCCUUGCCCAACAAGUAGUCUCUCAGUUGAUUGACCUGUUGUGUAGUGCCUGGAGCCACCACAGAAGGUCCCACCCAUGGCAAAGCUCUUGCAGAGAAGACCUGACAGGCAAAUGAGGAUCAGGACUCGAGGGACCCUCUAGACCUGCUUGAGCAUCUACCCCAAAACCAGAAUCUAUCUGUCUUACUAUUUUAUGACUCUCACCAACUCCUCUGACAUUAACUGGGUCUAUCCCCGACCACCUUUCUCUGAAAGAAAUCAACUUAGAGCUCUAGUUAAUAAGUCUCCUGGGCACAAUAGGAGUGUUUCUAUCCAAACCCCUCGGAUGGCUUUCUAACUUGCCUGACAGGUUUAUUCGGACACUUACAACUACGUAUGUGAUUGUUUACAGCCUCCCAACCUUAAGAGGCAUAGAAAGCUUAAGACAUUGCUACAAUAUAGAGCUUUUUGGGGAGUUCAAAAUUAUUAGAAUAGAACUGUUGAAGGAUUUCAUUGUUGAGCCAAUGCUUGCUGCCAAGUUUCCAUAUCCCUUACCCACUGUGUCCUUGGGAAUAUAUUAAUUAAUAUAGUUGGUAUAUAGAAAAAAUAAGUAGUUGCCUUGAUGUUAACUACUUUAUAUCCUUGAGUUAAUAAAUUCUUUCCUUGUUAUAUGCCACUGCA